AUGAAUCCACUUCUAUACCCUAUAACAGAAAAGGGAACUCGAAAACCCAAAUGUGCUCGUUGUCGUAACCAUGGCAUGGUGUCCUGGUUGAAGGGGCACAAACGACACUGUAGUUUCAAAGACUGCGAUUGCGCAAAAUGCAACCUCAUCGCCGAAAGACAAAGAGUAAUGGCGGCUCAAGUUGCACUAAAACGUCAACAAGCUGCUGAAGAUGCUAUCGCCAUGGGAAUCAGGGCCUGUGUUUCAGAAAAUGGACUACCUAUAAUGACAGCUGGUCCUUUAUGGGGACCCGGGACAGUGACGGCCCCUCAUACAGAAAUGGAGCAUAAAAAUAAAUCGGAUGAUUCCGACGACGAUGAUGAAGAGAUUGAUAUUGACAGUAGAGAUGGUUUACCUGAUGUAACCCCCACAACUCCACCAAAUGUAAUAGAAGAAAAACCUCCCGCUGAAAAGCAUCCAACCCCGGUCACGCCACCACAGAUUGUCGACCGGCAUAAAAGAAAGGCCGAGAAGGACGACAGUACUAGUCCAUCUGCUUAUCGCCCCGGACGUUUGUCUCAUUUGGAAAUACUUGAGCGAGUUUUCCCUUAUCAACGCAAAGCUGUACUGGAGUUAGUGCUACAAGGGUGCAAUGGCGAUCUGGUUAAAGCCAUCGAACAUUUUUUAUCAGCCCAAGAUACGGUGUUAGCUCAACAACAGGCUAUGAAUUAA